AUGUUGCGCCACUCGUUAUUGUCACUCUUUUCCCUUGGCUUGACCGUCCUCGUAUCGGGCCGUACUCUUUCUCCACGUGACGGAGAUGUUGCGGUUGACAACAAAUGGAAGGACCACAGUGCCAUUAUACCCUUACAACAACAGUCUGCGGGUGGAUUGCGCGGAGAGCUUGAACUUCGCUUCAAGCCUAGCCUGAAUGACAAGAGCGGGUGUUUCCCGUAUGCCGCUGUCGACAAGGACGGCUACCAUGGAGUAGGGUUUUCCGAUAAUAGCACGGGGGUAAUGUACUCGUGGUACUUGCCCAAGAUCCAGACCAACACCGAAAACCAUAAGCACUGGUACUUGACUGUGGUGGUCUGGCUUUACACGAAACAGUGCAACCCCACUGCCAGCGACUACACCGUCGCCGGUGUCAGCUAUUCCACUGGCACAGAAGCUUGGGAUAAGGCAUCGAGCUCAUCCACAAUCUACAGUUCCGGAGACAGCGGCACGGGAUCUGUAAACACACAUGCUCUCGUGGCUUACGACGGGCAAGUUAACGUGUAUCCCUCGGCAGACAGCGCCGAGGAUGCCCUCACUCCUCCGAUGAUCAGCUGGGACGCACUACCGCAAGCAGCCGCAGAUCAGUUCAAUGGCGUUACCUAUGAAUACGCACGGUGCCCGUUCACAGAAGCCAACUUCCAAAAUUCCCUGGACGCCGCUUACAAUGGCGACUUCUACAUCAAUAUAGGAGACGGUUCGGACUCCGCUGCUUGUAGCGAAGAUCCUUCGACCACGGAGCCUUCGACCACGGAGCCUUCGACCACGGAUCCACCGACUUCGACUUCGACGAGCGACGCGGAUGUAGAACCUGUGGAGAAUGGCUCGGACCUUGUUCCUUCCAGUAUACCAACCGACCCGACCUGGACGCCAACUCCGGGGACUUCCCAAACCACUUAA